AUGGGUGGAACAAUUGACACAUCAGUGAACAAAGGACGCGGACCAAAUGUUUACCGACUUCAUGGUCACAAUUGUCAUCGGAUUGGCAGUUUACUUCCUCCUCCAGGAAAAUCUCCUAAAUACAAUCAACUUGAAAAGAGAACAGGUAAAUUACCAAAAUCAAAAAUCCUACGAGAUGAUAUUGUGGAAGAUAUCAAAAACAUGCUAAAUGAUUUUAAUCCAUACUCGAAGAUUCUGAGAACAACCAAAGAUCGUUUUCAAGACACAGCUUCGUCAAAUGUUCAGCUAAAGUUGAUUUCAAGGCGAACUGCAUGUGCUCAAAGUGGUAAAACAUACAAUCUUCCUACUACAUCAGAAGUUGCUGCCUUAUAUGUUGGGGAUUUCGAUCUAGAAAUGGAGCCAAGAGACAUUAUUUUGGAAACAAUGGAAGGGAAAUUAAAAAGAAUCAGUGAACUUCACGCUGGAUAUCUUCCAUUACAAUAUCCACUUUUGUUUCCUUUUGGAGAAGAUGGUUACCAUAUUUAUCUAGAACUCAAGAGGACUACAUCAGGAUCCACAAAUCCACGUACCAGGCUCAACCAAAAGGCUUUACGUGUUAAUAAAUACGUAAACGUCGAGGCGGCUGCUGAUAAAGGAAACAUGAACACCUCAAAGGUUGGUAGGCGAAUGGUUCUACCAUCUACUUUUAUCGGUAGCGCACAAUGUACGCAGGAAAUAUAUAUGGAUGCAAUGGCAGUUUGUCAGCACUUUGGAUAUCCUGAUCUAUUUAUUACUUUCACUUGCAAUCCAAAAUGGCCAGAAAUCACAAGAUACCUACAAGCUCGAGGUCACCAAUCAACAGACAUAGCUGAUAUUGUGUCUAGAAUCUUCAAGAUUAAGCUAGACACUUUGAUUGUUGAUAUAAAAAAAAAUAAUGUUUUUGGUCCUGCAACAGCAGUUUUGUACACUAUAGAAUUUCAGAAAAGAGGACUGCCACAUGUCCAUAUUCUACUAUUUUUACAGAAGGGAUCAAAACUGAUAACAACUGAUGUCAUUGACAAUGUUAUUUCUGCUGAAAUUCCAGACGAAGCAACAAAUCCAACACUCUACAAUGUUGUCAAAGAAUUUAUGAUACAUGGACUAUGUGGGGUUGCAAAUCCACAUUCACCAUGUAUGGAUAAAGGAAAGUGCACGAAAAAGUUUCCUAAAGAGUUCAACAGCAGCACUUGCAUCAACAAAGAUGGAUUCCCAGUUUACAAGCGAAGAGAUGAUGGUCGAUCAGUUGAGAAAAAUGGAACUUUGCUAGACAACCGAUAUAUCGUUCCUUACAACCCAUAUCUACUCUUGAAGUAUCAAGCUACAGCAAAGGACAAUCUAAAAAGAAAUGAUGUUGAGCUGCACAAUCAAGUAGAAAAUGAUGGAUCUUCAGACCCGGUAGUAGAACCAGUUAUAGAUGAAAUUAAGCGUUUCUAUGAUUUCAGGUACAUUGCACCGUGUGAAGCUGCUUGGAGGAUUUUUGGAUUUGAAAUACAUUAUAGUAGCGUUCAUAUUCAAAGACUGAAUAUUCAUCUAGAAGGAGAGCAUAUUGUAUGUUACGACGAGGAUGAAGAUGUUGAUGAUGUCCUAGCUAAAGAAGGAAAUCAAACCUCGCAUUUGUUAGAGUCGAUGAAAAUUAACAGCUCGGAAGAUGAGGAAUUAGCAUUCGCAAAAUAA